ACGUUUGCCCCCAAAACGAAUGCGCGGGAACAACAGUUGGUUGCGGGAGCUCGUCGCGACGUCACGCGUCGAAUUUCCAAGUGGACACACGAAUCCUCAACAAUUCAUUAUUUUCCGGCAAGUUUUUUCUCGAGCGGUGUUCGCGAUAUUUGGCCAACUUGGAUCGUUAUCCCUUUUUCCUUCUUCCUCUCCCGUUUUUUUCUCAGCAUGGAGGACAAGACUGCGGCAAGUUGGAAGAAGAGGACUUCGCACGUUCAUGUCACAUGGUUGGACAAUUGUUUCGAUGAAGGUCAUCGAUCGAUGGAUCCGAAGAUUCAUUCAUCAUACUGCAGCACUUUCGCGUGCAAAUGAAUAGCUGUUUCACUGUUCCACGUCUUGAGGCAAGUCUUCUGCAAGACUCGAAAAAAUUCCCCAUCUCUAAGAGGAAAUCAUGGACCGGAUAAAAGGAAAUGAGAAUGGAUUUUAGUGAGGCCGUAAGGCUGAUCGACUGACUCGAUGCUUUCAUUUGUGAUGUUCCGCGAGAUGAACCGUUCGGAACAAGAGAAUUUAUACAGGACUUCAAGGAAACUGAGCUUGGUUCCCCUGGCUGGGAAUCAAUCCUUCGGUAAUCUGCACGACUGCUCCAGGCGACAUUCGGCCAUAAGACCCGAUGAUCCCGCUCCUGCUGCUUUUGGUGGCGAAGAUCUGGUCUUGAGCGUGUUGAAGAGCCCAGUCAAUCACAUGGGACUGGAUACUAGCGGAACCCUAGCAACAAAUUGCGAUGAGGCCCCAGCUUCCGAAGAGGAGGAGCUAUGCGUUAUCAAUACACAGGAUCAGGAUACCAGGUUCAAAACAGCAAACAGCGAAGACGAGCUGACGGAAGAAUUUUCUGAAAGAUUACCGUUUCUCCAGAGGAUCAGAAAAGGACAUAGAUUCGUCGAACCCCACCAUAAAAGAGUUCCAACACCACUCAAACGCAAGCAUCCAAGAUACAGCAGAAACCACAAAUUCACUGAUGUGAUCCAGCCAGAGGACAUAGUCGACGAGGAUGACCCAGAAGCACCGUCCGACACGCCGAGAGGUGUUCCCGAUCCCUACUAUCCCAUAUACCUUCCCAUUGACCAGGCCUUCAAGGCCAAAUACGUUUUUCACCAUAAGAAAGGUAAAACCUUCCAAGAACGAACAUAUGUGUUUCUCGAACAUCCGGGCGGUUGGUUGUGUUUUUUCUACCAUUUUACUGUAUUUAUGCUAGUACUAGUGUGCCUGAUAUUUAGCGUUUUAUCUACUAUAGAAUCAUACACGAAUUUUGCCAACGAAACUUUAUUUUGGAUGGAGAUAUGUUUGGUAGUAUUUUUUGGAGCGGAAUAUUUGGUACGCCUAUGGUCAGCAGGGUGCAGAUCUAAAUAUAUGGGAGUUUGGGGUAGACUGAGGUUUAUACGGAAACCUAUUUGUAUUAUAGACUUAAUCGUUGUCGUCGCAUCAAUGAUCGUACUUACCCUUGGUUCAAAUGGGAGGGUAUUCGCCACUUCUGCCAUCCGUGGCAUUCGAUUCCUCCAGAUACUCAGAAUGCUGCACGUGGAUAGACAAGGGGGAACGUGGAGACUACUAGGAUCAGUUGUCUUCAUACACAGGCAGGAGCUGAUUACUACACUCUAUAUCGGAUUUUUGGGCCUCAUCUUCAGCAGCUACUUCGUCUACCUGGCAGAAAAAGACGCAGUAGGUGCAGAUGGCAAGAAUACUGGUGAUUUUGCGAGCUAUGCAGAUGCCUUAUGGUGGGGAGUGAUAACUGUAACAACCAUAGGUUACGGAGAUACUGUUCCAAGGACGUGGAUGGGUAAAAUAGUGGCCUCUUGUUUCAGUGUCUUCGCUAUAUCUUUCUUCGCCCUACCAGCGGGCAUACUCGGUUCUGGCUUCGCGCUGAAAGUCCAACAGAAGCAACGUCAGAAACACUUCAAUCGUCAAAUUCCAGCGGCUGCCAUGCUGAUACAGUGUUUAUGGCGCUGUUUUGCAGCAGACAAGAGCUUCAACUCCCUGGCAACCUGGCAAAUUUACCUGAACGAUACGAACGACGCUCAACCCAAUACUGCCUCUAGUUCCACCAACUGCAAUAUUCCCCUUUCGAAGUCCCUCAUGUUCCAGGUUGCUAAAAAGGCAUCAGUGCUAAAGAGAAGAAAAUCUAAGAAUAGAAUGGAGAGAUCGGACACUCUUGCUACACCUGGAACACCACAACAGGAUACACCUUCGCAACAUCAGCUAUCUGCCACAAACAACUCUAGAUGCGAUAACGAAUCAGAUAUCAUCUACUAUAUGGAAGAGCCAAAAGCAGGUACACCAAACCGUAUCAGAAGAGGUGAACGUGAAAGUGCUAGAGGUAACUUCUUCAUGAGCCAAACCAGCACAGUAACUGAAGCUGCCAGUGAUGACAUAGAUGAUUUUGAUGGUGAACUACCCAGAGUGACCCAGCUGACAGAAGCACACAAGAAUGCAAUUCGAGCAAUAAGAAAAAUCAAGUAUUUUGUUGCAAGAAGGAAAUUUCAACAAGCAAGAAAGCCUUACGACGUACGUGAUGUGAUAGAGCAAUAUAGUCAAGGUCACCUCAACAUGAUGGUGAGAAUAAAGGAAUUACAAAGGCGGCUAGAUCAAACCCUUGGGAAGCCCGGGAGUUAUUUAGCAGGAAUCGAUAGAGUGGGUAAUGUCAAACCUAUGACAGUAGGAGCUCGUCUUUAUAGAGUAGAGCAGCAGUUGGGAUCUAUGGACAAAAAACUUGAUUCCUUGACACAAAUUCUUAACGUCAUAACGGAGAAACAGCAAAUUCAGUGCAAUAUGGCGCUGAGAUUGCCUGAAGACAAUGUUCAGUUUUGAUCGAUCUUACCUCGUGUAAAAAACACUGAUAUUCCUUCGAAACUAUAUUUAGGAGAAUGGAAUAAGUUAUCUUUCACUCGGUUGAGCUAUCCUGGUGUGUAAUAUAGAGAACUAUAUAAUGAUAAAGAUACUUACAGUACCUAUUCACGCAAAUAGGAAUCGAAUGUGUUCGAUUCUCAAUAAGAAGAACUUAGUUUAUCAUUGUUAAGUAGAUGAAAAGAGGAGUACAAAAUUAUUUUUGUCCUUAUCUUCUCUGAUAGCUCCACUGGCGGGGUAACAGAAAAUGAUGCAUAAGAAAUAAAUAGGUAGGCAGAUUUUCUAAAAACUUCUCUUUUCUUAUCAAUUAUUGAUAUUAAAAAUAUAAGCAAUAAUAUUUGAUAUUAUCAAAUCGUUUGUAUAAUUCAAAUGUGCGGAAUAUACAGCUGUUCUUAAAUCUGCUAAUAAUAUAAAGUAGAAGUGAAGGUGUACAUAAACUGAUAGUAGGUUAUCUUCUUUUCGAGUCAUGCCAGAUAAAGCACAAAUUAAUAUGAAUCCAAGGAAUUCAACAAUCGAAACUAUUCAAAUUAAUUAAGCAAGACCAUUGGAGAUCAUCAGGAUAAUAAUUAUUGCAUUGCCCAAAAAUAAACAUCAAAAGUUAAUACGAGAAAGAACAAACGUGGUCGAACUUUUUUGGUCAAAAAUUUGUAUUCAGUUCAAUUGGGAUAAAUGUAAUGAGAUUUGGUAAGUACUCUAUAAAAAUAAAUGAAUAUAAUAAAUAGAUACGAGUUUGCUGAAUUACGUACUUGAUUUCUUUUGGAAGGACUUGCAAAUAAAGUAUACUACCUGAUAAUGCAAUAAUUGUUCUAAAGAAUCAUUCAACGUGAUAUAUCCACCCUGUAUAAAAAUUUAAUUGGUAUGUUCUCAAAAAAGUACGUUGCCUAUAUCAACAGCACAAUAAACCAACAUUUCACCCACUAUUUCAACUAAUUAUUUCAUUAAUGAAGAUCUAGUCAAUAUAAAAUCUGUAAAAUAUUAUCAACUUAGUAUUAUUAUUCGAAUAUUGAACUUAACAAGUGAUUGCGAGGAAAUUUCAUAUCUUUGAUCUAGAUUGUGCCUAUAUUUAGUAAUGUAACUCUUAAUGUGUACUAAUUUUUAUAGAAUUUAAGAAACAUCUAUUUUAUCUUCGUAUGAGAUGAAAGUUCUAGAAUAUUCGUCGAAAUUUCAGCCUUAGAAAAGCGUAGUUCUUAUAUUAUCUAAUUGGUGUUGAACAUUUUCAUAGAAUACUCGUUAUUUUUGAUACUAACGUUUUUUAAUCUUUUUUCUCGUUUUUAUUGAAUACACUUUUGUUCUGAAACUGAUAAUUUUCUGUAUGAAGUUAUCUGAAAAUCUAUAUAAUUACUUGUCAGCCAAAUAUUGUUCACACGAAAUUGAAAAAAGUUAAUUAAUAAAAUUUGAUACGGGUUUUUAAAUUGAAUACACAUCAGGAAUUUAUCCAAAUUCUCUCGAUGAAUCAGAAAAGCCUUCAAAUAAGGAAUUGAUUGGAUACCAUCUACAAUAAAAACAUAUUUCAAGUUAUUUAACGUUUUUUAACAUUCUAUAUAAAACUAUUUUCGAAUAUUGUGGUUUCGAUAUCCUUCUGUAUUAAAUAAUUCAUCCCUAGAAUAUUUUUUCUACCUAACAGUAUAAAUAGAUAAAGGUAUACAGGGUUAGAACUAUUUAGAGGGCCACUACAGGGAUAUCGAAAACCGUUAGAA